AUGGAUCAAUAUCGUUUAGUGACAGUCGUUGGUUCUACUGGGGCACAAGGAGGCGCUGUUGUUCGAUCACUAUUGAAAAUGGACAAUUUUAAGAUUCGAUGCUUAACGCGGAACCCAACGAGUGAAAAGGCAAAAAAGCUUCAAACCUUAAGCGAUACUAUUGAAAUUGUGCAAUGUAAUAUACGGAAUAAGGAUGAUCUAUUACGUGCGUUUCAAAAUAGUUGGGCAAUAUUUGCUAUGACUGACUUUUGGGCAACACCAACGCAACCCGAAAUUGAAAUCGAACAAGGCAAAUUAAUGGCUGAUGUAGCUGCAAAAUUAAAUAUCAAAUAUUUUAUAUUUAGUUGUGCAAUCAACGUUAAUAAACUGAGUGAUGGUAAAUUAAACGUACCACAAUUCAGCGAUAAAGCCAUCGUACGAGAAUACAUUUCACAAACAUAUCCAGAAAUGAAAACUAUUUAUGUUAUGCCAAGUUUUUAUUUUCAAAAUUGGACUGGUUCAUAUCCGUUACCGAUUAAAAAGUUAAAAGAUGGCACUAUUGAAUUUAGUUUACCAAUGUCAUUGCAUGGUAAACUUCACAAUAUUGAUAUUGAUGAUCUUGGUCCAAUUGUUAGUCAUCUUUUACAAAAUCCGGAAAACUUUAUUGGUCAAGAUAUAUAUGUUUGUGGCGAAGAAGUUGACUUCGAAGAAUUUGUUAGAAUAUUUACACGUGUAACUGGUCGACAAGCUCAAGCAAAAACAAUGACAGAACAUGAAUUUCGUCAAUGGGCACAAGAUUUGCCUGAAAAUGUGCAAAAUUAUUUAUUAGAUAUGUUUAAAUGGAUGGAAGUUAACGGUUGUUAUACACCAGAAAUCGAUUGGAGAAAUGGGCAAAUGUUAACAAAAUUAAAUACAUUUGAAACAUGGUUAAUUAAAAGUGGAUGGAUGGGACCGGAUUGA